AUGUCGACCUACGCAGAGAAGGCGGCUUAUGGGGCUCCGCCAACCGGAUACCCGGUGGCCAGCUACGAUGCCUCAAGCGAAUUCUACAGGCAACAACAGCAGCCAACCUACAUCACCCCCAACGCCUAUCCACAGUUCCAGGGCACCUAUGGGGCGCAGGGAUUUGCCGUCACUCCGUUUGUCGUCCCUCAACAAGGGGUGUAUAAUUAUCCCAUCCAGGACCAGGGCCGAAUGGCGUUCAACCCUACGGCUCCUCCACCUCAGGCUCCUCAGCAUUUCAGCCGCCCUCCGCCCGGAAAGGAGGACCAGUACCAAGGCGGAAUCGCCGUCUUCGACACAUCAGCCCAACCAUCAGCUGCCUACACAGCAUCUUGGGUAAGCAGCACGUCGAGCAUCCGAGCCGACAUGGCUGAGCCGGCUCCUCAUCAGAUGGUCGGAGAGUUCGGGCAGUGGAAUAACCCGGAACAGACAAACGACCCGAACGCUCUGCCAAACGCCUACGCCCAGGCGAUGGAUCAGUUUGGAAAAAUGCAAAUUGUUGAUCCGCAGAACUAUGAGAACCAGACUGGCGGAUGGGUGAACCCAGAACAACAGAUCGGCGGCUCAGCCAACCUGAACCAGACGCAAUGGCCCGGCUUGGACCAAGCUAAUGAAAAGAAGGAGUCGAAGCGUGUGGAGCGUGAGCGCCGUCAACGAGCCUCACCCCCACCGAAGGACAUGACUUGGGAGGAGCGUCUGAAGCGUGCUCAGGGGGCCAAGGAACGUGCUGAAAACCCGCGGCCAUUCGACCCAACCCGUCCUGUUCGCGGAACUGCGGCCCCUGGACGUGGAGGAUUCCGUGGAGGGUCGACUGCUGGUGCUCGUGGAGGACGUCGUGGUUCGAAUGAAGAUUUGAGCGAAGGCCGCGGCCGCCGUUCGAUGAAUGGUGGGGUGAUCGGCGAAGAGGUGCAGCAGGGCGGCUAUCAGUCCUCGGGUCCUGGUGGACGUGGUGGAAUCGCCAAUGCCCCAACUGUUCAAUACCAAAAUCCAAUGAUGUACGGUGGACGCCCUCAGCCGCACAACAUGGUCCCACCCAUGCAAUACCCGUAUAACCAAUACAACAAUAUGCCAAUGCAACCGAUGGCUCCUCAGCAGCAGCCGCAAGACCAGAAGUUCCGCAACACUUGGCUCGAUGUUAGUCUCUUCGUGGUGCCGUACCCGAACUUCUACCAAGGAAUGCAACAAGACUUCGGAAUUCGUGGCCGUGGACGCGGAAGGGGUAUGCCAUUCCGCGGCGGACGCACCGGACGUAAGCCAUCCGAAGGCUCAAGCCAGGGAAUGCCCGACGCUGAAAAUGGCUCCGACACCCCGCAACCGACCCAGGACCAACCGGCCACCCCUCCAUCGCAGACUCCCACCGAAAACACCGAAAAGCCCGUCCCGAACGAUCCUGAACAUACCGAACAG